CCAUGAACGUCUCCGUGACGCGCAGCCCUCUUCUGGUCCUCUCCUGGACCCCUUACCCGGCAGGACUCCUCCGACCCCAAGGACCCCGGUCCACCAGACGGAUCCACCUGCACACCACGACUACCGCGGCCCCCCAUAAGUAUAAGACCAUAGACGAGCUCCCGGGACCGACCGCAGCGGACACUGCCUACCUGCUUUUCGUCAAGGGCUACGCGGACAAGAGCCACGCCAUGCAGACUGAAUUCCGGGGCCGCUUCGGGCCCCUGUGGCGGUCCCGCUUCGGGCCCCUGGACCUGGUCAACGUGGCGUCCCCCGAGCUGGUCCUCAGGCUCCUGGACCAGGAGGGGGCGCAGCCGGUCCGGGUGGAGCUCAGCCACUGGAGGGAGUACCGGGAGGCCAGGGGGCGGGGCCUGGGGCUGCACGUCAGUACCGGUGACUCGUGGCUCCGCCUCCGACGUGCUCUGGACCCCUUGCUGCUCCGGCCGGCGGCGGCGUUAGGCCACGCCCCCGCCCUCCGCCAGGUGGUGGUAGAUCUGCUGGCCCGUCUGGAGAGGCUCCGCCUCCAACGCCCCGAUGGGGGCGUGGCCAACAUGCAAGAGGAGCUGUACAAGUUUGGCUUCGAGAGCGUGGCGGCGGUGGUGUUCGAGGCCCGUCUGGGCUGCCUCCAGGACCGGGUCCCUGAGGAGACCCUGCGGUUCAUCGCGGCCCUCAACGCCAUGUGGAGGCUCUCGGAGCCCGUCCUGCUGCUCCCGCGCUGGACCAGGGGCCUCCUGCCCUACUGGGGCCGCUUCGUACGGGCCUGGGACGACAUCACCCAGAUAGCCGACGGUCUGAUUGAAAGGAGGCUGCUGGUGCUGGAGGAGCGCUCGCGGCGAGGUGCGCCGGCGCCGGAGGGAGCGGGGCUCCUGACCGCCCUGCUGACCUCCAAGACCCUCCCCCGAGAUGAGGUCUACACCACCGUCACCGAGCUACUGCUGGGGGGCGUUGACACUACCUCAAACACCCUGUGCUGGGCGCUGUACCACCUGUCCCGGGACCCCCGGGCCCAGCACCUCCUCCACCAGGAGGCGCUCUCCGAGUGUCCGGACCUCCAGGAGCCCACGGCCGACCACCUGACCAGGCUGCCCUAUCUCAAGGCCGUCGUCAAGGAGACGCUGCGCCUGUACCCGGUGGUUCCCGGUAACGGUCGCCUGGUGUUAGAGAACGAGGUCUACCUGGAGGAUUACUGCUUCCCCAGGGGGACCCAGUUCCACCUCUGCCACUACGUGACGGGUCGGGAUGAGGCCCAGUUUAGGGCAAGCGAGAGCUUCCUCCCCGAGCGCUGGCUCCGGGGGGGAGCGGGGGAGAGCCGCCUCCCCCACCACCCCUACAGCUCAAUCCCCUUCGGGAGGGGCGUGCGAGGUUGCGUGGGCAAGAGGGUCGCCCAGCUGGAGAUGUAUCUCGCCCUCUUCAGGAUCAUGCAACACUACCAGGUCCUGCCCCAGGACCCAGAAGAGGUCGUGGAGGCCAAGACCCGGACACUCAUGAUACCCGGAAAACCCAUCAAUCUGCGCUUCAUCCCCCGGGCCUGAGGGGGGAGGGGCCCGAGGGGGGCGGAGCCAGAGUCCUGUGAUUCAUCCCUCGGGCCUGAGGUG